AUGUCAACUCAACAGACAGCAAAGACGCGCUAUGUCACGUCACCAAAUGGUCCCAAGUUCGCUUACCGGCAAAUUGGGGCCGCUCUUGGUGUGCCGCUUAUCGUUUUGACCCACUUUCGUGGUACCAUGGACAAAUGGGAUCCUCUUAUUAUAAACACCCUGGCCGCUAAACGCCGGGUUAUCACGGUCGAUUACCUUGGCGUGGGUUUGAGUACUGGUGAAGUAGCUACCUCGAUUCGACAAUCAGCAGCCGACAUUUCGCUGUCUUUUGAAUUAAUUAAGGAGGCUGAAGUGGACUUUCUGGGGUUUAGCAUUGGAGGAUCUGUUGCUCAGAUGGUGGCACUUAAUUCCGAGCCCAACAAAUUCAAGGUGCCUCUAUCUCCUAACGACGAUGUCGGCUCUGUUGCUGGAAACGACCAAGGCGACGCUGCAGCAGAGGCUUGGUGGACACGAAUCCACGAGCGCAGUUCCUCGAGUUGUGGUGAGGAUGUCUCUGAGUGGCUCAGCAGUGGCUACAAAAACCAGGGCAAGAGUAUCAAAGGCCAAGCCACGCAGGGUCAUAACUUUACUAUCAGUGCAGACUCGAGCGAGGGUGUUGAGGGCGCUUAUAAUCGUUUGGGAGAUAUUAAAAUUCCCGUUUUGGUAGCAAAUGGAAGUAAUGACUACAUGAUCCCCACAUCAAACAGCUACCUGAUUUACCAGAAGGCCCCAAAUUGCCAGAUCAUCCUCUACCCGAACAGUGGUCACGGGUUCCUAUUCCAGUAUGCCACAACCUUUGUUAAACACGUUGAACUUUUCUUGGAGGCUUGA